GAAGUUAAACGCUGCCUUUCCAAGCGUCGACUUCGACGACUCCUUUCUUUGACAGCGAAAAUAGCAAGGGCGCCUCUCGGCUCCGAUCCGGCUUAGGGCCGGCUUCGAACGUUUCCCCCUCUUCGGCGCGCCUGCUCCUGCUCUCCCUCCGCCUGUCGCCGUCUCCAUUUUCCGCGUCGGCGAGUGAGGCGUUUCCUGGGUUCUCGGUCCCGCGCGUCGGUGCCCUAAUGCUUGACCGGAAAAGGAUCCGUGGUCGAGGCUUCCAGUUUCAGUUUCGCGCCUUCCUUGGGUAUGGCUUUGAGUGGAGCCUGUGAAACGUAGGGGCGAGUCAUGGGGAAGUGAGUUCGCUGCUUGUGAGAUUUUCGUCGGAGCUUUUGAGUUCGUUAUUUGGGCAGCAGUUGCAGUGUUUAGUCGUUGCUUCCAUCGUCUAAGCAAAGGUCAGCUCCGGUGGUUCAAGAUGAAUUCAAAGUAGCCUUCUUGAUAUGCUCUCUCUGACAAGUUAAUGGCACAUGCUAGUUGGAUAAUUGUACUUCCAUGAGAGCUUAGAAUUACUGUUAAAGAGGUGGAAUCAAAGACAUCAAAUGGACACGACGCUUGUUCCAUUUGUAGCAACUUCAGAUGCUACAUUGGUCUUGCCAGAGAAAGGAAAUGAUUGUCCACCAUUGAAACCAAAGAAAAAGUCUAUGACUUCAUUCUAUCAAAAUUUUUUUGAAAUAGCUCCAGAUGGAAAGAGUCGCAGAUGCAAAAUUUGCAAACAAAGUUACUCUAUAACCACAGCUACAGGAAAUCUUAGUAGGCAUCUCAGGCAUCGUCAUCCAGGGUACGAUCGGCUUAGUGAUGGUAUCCAACAAGUCCAACGAGCUGUUAUCUCACCUAAAAAGUCUCACCCUCAAUUGAAACUUGCAAUUGAUCUUGAUCACUUGAACUGGUUGCUGCUCAGAUGGCUCAUCGAAGCCUCUGUUCCUGUUACUUUUGAUGAGGUAUUUUUGAAUUCCUUUAGGUUUCUAAAUCCAUCCGUAAAGAUUUGGCCUAAAGAUAAGUUCCAAGCAGUAGCUCUUGAGGUUUUCAGAAGUAUGCGAGAAGAUGUCCGAGCAUCAUUGCAAAAUAUAAACUCAAAGGCUUCGAUUACUAUGGAUUUUUGGACUUCCUUUGAGCAAAUAUUUUAUAUGUCAGUUAAGUGCCACUGGAUAGAUGAGAAUUGGUCCUUGCACAAGAUUCUUCUUGACGUAUGCCGUAUCCCUUAUCCGUGUACUGGGCCUGAGAUCUUAUCUGCGAUGACGAAGGUACUUACAACGUUUAACAUCGAUAGAAAGAUUCUCUGUUGCACGAAUGACAACAGUCAACAGGCAAUUCAUGCAUGCCGUGCUCUAAAGGAGGACCUAGAUGCUCACAAUUUGCCUUUCUUUUAUAUUCCCUGUGCUGCACGAACCCUGAACUCGAUAAUAGAAGACGGCCUGAGAACUCCAAAACCUAUUAUAUCUAAGAUUCGAGAUUUUGUCCUUGAGUUGAAUUCUUAUCCUGAUAUGAUUGAGGACUUUAAACAAUUCCUCGCACUUUACCAUGAAGGUUCAUGGAAGUUCCCACUUGAUUCCUCGACAAGCUGGAGCGGGGAUUAUGCCAUGCUUGAUAUGGUUAGAAAGGCUCCUAAUGCGAUGGAAAGUACUAUUAAAAAGCAUGAAGAAACUUUCAGUGGCCGGAAUCUGUUGCUGAGCACGACGGAGAAAUCCGCAAUCAACAUUUUGCAUUCAUAUCUGGAACCGUUCUACAAGAUAACGACUAACUUGUCCACAAGUAAAGUUCCUACAGUCGGUCUGGCACUUUUCUUCAUGGACCAUGUCUUCGAGUUAAUCGGCUCUUGCAGGGAUUCUUGUCGCCAAGAGUGGCUGAAAAUUGUAGCUGAUGAUAUGGCUAAGAGAGUGAGAAGCUUUUGCACUCAGGCCCAUAACACUUUCACUUUCACUGCUGCAAUUCUUGAUCCGAGAAUAAAGAAAGAACUCGUGCCCGAGAACCUUAACUUGGAGAAGCAUUUAGAGGAAGCGCGAAGCUACUUUAUGAGAUACUACCCCAGCAGUCAAUUCCCUGCGACGACGAAUGGGUUUGGCAGCCAAGAGAUUCUGGAUGAAGACAACAUUGUUUCCUUUGCCGAAGAGAUUGCAAGGAAGAGACGCCGCGCGAGUAUGCACUCCACUGCUGAUGAGCUAUCCCAAUUUUUAUCCGAACCUACCUUGCCACUCGCCACGGAUGUUCUCAACUGGUGGAAGAUGAAUAGCAUGCGCUAUCCCCGUCUCUCAGUUAUGGCCCGCGAUUUCUUGGCCGUCCAGGGGGCCUCAGCAGAACCCGACGAGUUGUUCACCAGCAAAGGCGACGAUGCUCGCAAAAAGCAGUUUUCUUUGUCUUACAGCAACAUGCAGCCCUUCAUGUGCGUCAACUCAUGGUUGCAAAGCGGAUACAAGUUCAAAUUUCAGCAACUCGAGAUCAACUUCGAAAAGCUGGUAGAAUCCACUGCCGCUUCUGUCGACAUUGCCAAGACUUGAAUGGAAGACACACACACACACAAUGUCAAAUAGAUUUCUUCAAAAUGGCGUAGUAUUUGCCUCCUGGAUUUAGGCCAAUUAUUCGAUAAGAGAAACAACUGUUGCUGGUGCUAUGUUUUCUGUCGAAAUACAGAUGAGUUCCUUGUAAUUCUAUGAUGAUAUCAAUGUCAGCUUAAAUCUCUGGAUAAA